GUGACGCUGGCCGCGCCAGGACGCGCACAUGCCGGGGAGCGCUCCUCUCAUUCUGUAGAUGUGAAAACAUCCGCAGGCGAUGUGCGGGUUAGUUAAGAUGGCCAGUUGUUCAUCCAGCGGGGGAGUUUUCCUGGAUUACCGCAGAAAGACGCGCUCGCUCCUCUGGGACUAAAAGUGUUGCAGGACGACCUCUGUGAGCUGCCCACAGGUCUCCCGUCCCCAAACACACUUUGCUGAGAUGAAUAACCUCUACAUCGCGAUUGAAGUAGUAAUUGCUGUUCUCUCCAUAUCCGGCAACGUGCUGGUGUGCUGGGCGGUCGCGAUCAACACCACUCUGAAGAACGCCACCAACUACUUUCUGGUGUCUCUGGCCGUGGCUGACAUCCUGGUGGGGUGCCUGGCCAUCCCCUUCGCCAUCACCAUCAGCAUCGGCAUACACCUGGAUUUCUAUGGGUGCCUCUUCCUGGCCUGUUUCGUCUUGGUGCUCACGCAGAGCUCCAUCUUCAGCCUCCUCGCCAUCGCGAUUGAUCGAUAUCUGGCUGUCAAGAUCCCACUGAGGUACAAGGAGUUGAUGACGGGGAAGACUGCCAGAGAGAUCAUUGCCAUUUUAUGGAUCCUCUCUUUUGUUAUUGGUCUCAUCCCGUUCUUCGGGUGGAACUUGAAGUACUCGAGCUGCGCGCAGAGCCCCGCGGAGAACCGGAGCAGAGCCGCGUCCGGGGGCCCCAAGGCCCGGGACGCGCUGCAGAGCUGCGAGCUGCGCUGCUUCUUCGAGAGCGUGGUGGACAUGCACUACAUGGUCUACUUUAACUUCUUCGUGUGCGUCCUGCUGCCGCUGCUCAUCAUGCUGGGCAUCUACGUGAAGAUCUUCACGGUGGCGCGCAAGCAGCUGCGGCAGAUCGAGCUGAAGUGCGUGGGCAACGGGGACAGCCAGAACCAGGGGCUGCUGCAGAAGGAGAUCCGCGCAGCCAAGUCCCUGUCCAUCAUCGUGGGGCUGUUCGCCCUGUGCUGGCUGCCCGUGCACAUCCUCAACUGCCUCACGCUGUUCUACGAGCAGGUGGACAAGCCCGCCGUGGUCAUGUACGUGGCCAUCAUCCUGUCGCACGCCAACUCCGCGGUCAACCCCAUCAUCUACGCGUACCGCAUCCAGGACUUCAGGAACACCUUCCGCAAGAUCCUCACCCGGCACGUCCUGUGUCACAAGGAGGAGCUGUACCUGAGCUCCAGCAGCAGCCGGCGCAGCCGGGACCAGAUCCACAUGACCAUAGACCCCCUGCUAUAGGCCCUGACCCCCCUGACCCCUACUAUAGACCCAGACCCCUGCUAUAGGCCCUGACCCCCCCUGACCCCCCUGACCCCUGCUAUAGACCCCUGACCCCCCUGAGCCCUGCUAUAGACCCCUGACUAGUGCUGGGCGGUAUGACCAAAAAUUUAUAUCACGGUAUUUUUCAAAAUUAUAUUGGUUUCACGGUAUAUCACGGUAUAUUUUUUUUUCAUGCACAACUGGGUGUUAACCACAUUUUCUAAUGAUUUGGAAAUGAAUUGCUGCAGUAAAUUGGCUUAGAAUGGCCUAUUUUACUGUCAAAUCAAAUCAAAUAAAUUUGAUUUAGGCAUGCUUUUCAAAGAAAAAAAUCUUUUACAAAAUUACAAGGUAGAAAAUAUUUAUUGAACAUAAAAAAACUGAAAAUUUUUUAAUUUCCCAGCAUUAUGUUGUUUUGGUUCCACCUCCUGGUGAAUGUUAGGUAAAAUUCUUAUGUGGUUACUUUUUGGUUGGCCAACGAUUUAUGUUUGUGGUGCGCAACUGUUAAGGGAGCGGCCAGUCUAUUUCCUUAUUUUACAACGCCGUUAUUAAUUGUUUUUUUCCCAACUUAUUCCACCGAACACCAAAAGUGUUUUUUUUUUGCCGUUUUCGGACGAACAAUUUCGGUUACCGAACAAUCGGUGCAUCACUACUGCUAAACAGUCCCCUCACAAACAGUGUCCAGCGGCGCUGCGCGGCGGAACGUACCGCCGUGCGGCGUUCCCAACGUUGUGUACGCUACUGUACAGACUCACCGGUAUUACGGUAUAUGAAAAAUUCAUAUCAUAAGAAAAAUAAACACCGGUAUUCGGUAUGAACCGGUAUACCGCCCAGCACUACCCCUGACCCCCUGACCCCUGCUAUAGACCCCUGACCCCCCCUGACCCCUGCUACAGACCCCUAUAGUCUCCAUACAGCCGACUCCCUUAAACCUUGAAAGGAUUUGGUCACUGAGGUUUUUCUAAUGUUUACAGGACAAUGGUCUGAUCUGUGAAGACGCACUCGGGUCAGUUGGGCCUUGAAUGUGGAGAUGUAUUUAUAAAACUGUGAUGAGAGUCUGGGGGGCAAUGAAAUGUUCCGCAGCAACAUCUGCAGAAGUCAGCUGGAUCUGGAGACAUGGAGGAGGUCCAAGACUUGCAACCACAAACACUUCAGUUUUGUGUCCCUGCUACACGAUACUGUCAACAAUCAGUGCCAGUGUUUAAUAACUUAUUUAUUACAAGCGCGCAUCUUGUAGAAUGUAAAAGAUUAACAAAAACAAAGACAAAAAAACACUUUCCGUGGCUAGCACUGUACUUGUGGACCUAUAAGAAAGGUACAGUCAUCUGUGGUUAUUCUGGGCUUGCAAACCUUUAAAAUACUCAUCACUGCCUCAGUAUACUGCAAAAGAACACACUUUUAUUUUCCAGCCUUUAUUUAUUUAUCAAUUUUAUUCAGAAGCGCAUUGAUGGGGGAGGGUAUGUUUUGUAUUUCACUAUUUAAAUAAGAGACAGAGAAACGCAAAAAUGCAGAAAACAAGAUACUUUCCCUCCCUGUUAACCACUCCUUUCCACUGGUAACAAAACCAUCCCAUCUGUAGAUCUGUUUCCAGGGAAAGGAGGGUUACUUUAGCGUCAUUAGUGGGGGGAUUUAUCUAAGAGACACGAGCUCACAAAGUGGGAAACUGACUCUGCCCUUCACAGAAACGUGCCAUCUGCACAAAGUAUUCUCAGCUGCUUUUUUUUUUCUGUAUUGAGGCGGGGAUGAUGUUCUGCAAGCUGACACUUCAGAUCCGCGUGCUUUACAUAACUCUGUAUCAUCCACGCCUCGAGGCAAACGUGCAUUUAUUUGGGUUAGUAAAAAUGCACUGAUUUCCCUGAUCCUGGUGUAUAUGAAUGAAUGUCACGUGACCAGAUCACACCUUACAAGUGUGUGACGACACUGAAGCGAGGUGACAACAGGGGCCGAUCGGCUGGUGAUGCUCAGCAAAUAUUGCCAAGUGGUUUGCACUGAGCGGUGCUCACGGAGCAGCAUCGUGGGUGGAGUGGGCCGAGAGUGGGCGUCCUCGUGGAGAUGUUUGCUUCACCUGAGAGCAGCAGCACUACACAAAUGAACGUUGCACUGACCUUUGACUUCACCUGUCGCUGCGCGUCUGCGCUCGGGUCCUGAGAGACACCUGACCACCUCCAAGGGCUAAAAAACAGGAGUGUGCCAACGUCUUAGUACAUUCCGAUGGAGACAUCUACACUGUAACUGCACUGUAACGUUAUCUCGUCUUUGUUGACUGUUGUGUGAACAAAAAUACUGUUUUCCGGCUGCCUGCGAGCCGUCGGUCGAUGUCAAACUUUUGCCUUCUCUUUCAGCUUUUAAAAGGUGAGAGCAUAGCAAGCCGAUCUGGUUCAACAUUCCUGCCUUUCACUCUGAAGUAGCCGUCUUACUGUGUUUUAUCUCGUUACUAAUCAGGAAAAACAUCCACCGUGGGCAAGCUGAUGUUCAACCUUUCAUUCCUUUGUUCAUUCAACAAAACUACAGCCGACAUUGGUAGUCAUUGCAAUCUGUAUGUAUGGUGAAUUAUUUUGUUAAUAAAGGCAAUGUUUAUAUUGUUAAA